AUGGCUAACAACAACGGCGCAUCUUCUGCUCAGAGGCACGGCUCAACUGAACAUCACUCGUCUUCAAAUAUUGGUCUAGGUGCCAGCACCUCCUCCAACGUCGAUGGCACCCAAUCUGCUUCUGUUCAAGAAAAGCCCAUAACGAUCAAACAGCGGAAGAAAGCUGAGGGGAUGAAGAGAUAUACCUCCACAACAUAUCACUCUACUCAUACGCACCAGUCCAGCCCUGAAGCAGAACAGCCAGAAGCCGUGGAGGAGACACCGCCUGGAGACAAGAAGAUCCUCAGGCCGAUCGAUGCAGCCUACAUACCACAACCCGUGGAGUCGGCAUGGUAUGCAUGGUGGAAGAAGGCCGGGUUCUUCGAGCCGCGGCCGGGCGACGAUGCCGAAGUCUUUUCCAUGCCCAUGCCCCCGCCCAACAUCACCGGAGCUCUGCACAUGGGCCAUGCCUUGGCCAUUUCCAUCCAGGACACACUGGUGCGCUGGAAUCGCAUGCUGGGGAAGAAGACGCUCUGGACCCCGGGCUGCGACCACGCCGGUAUCGCGACCCAGAAUGUUGUGGAGAACAUGCUGUUGAGACGUGAGGGAAGAACACGGCAUGACAUAGGCCGGGAGAGGUUCAUUGAACUGGCUCACGAGUGGAAAGAAGAGCACCAUGUACGCAUUAAUGAUGCGCUCCAACGCAUGGGUGCCUCCGUGGACUGGACCCGCGAGGCCUUUACCAUGGAUGACAAUUUCACCGCUGCUGUCCAAGAGACGUUUGUUAGACUCCAUGAGGAGGGUCUCAUAUACCGCUCCGAUCGGCUGGUCAACUGGUGUCCGAAGCUCAACACGGCCAUCUCCAACCUCGAGGUUGUUAACAUGGAGAUUGGGGGGCGCACGUUCCUCGAUGUUCCCGGCUACGAAAAGAAAAUCGAAUUCGGUGUGUUGCAUCACAUCAACUACCCUAUCGUGGAGCCGGGUGGCGCAGAGACCAUCGAGAUAGCCACGACGCGCCCUGAAUCCAUUUUCGGAGAUACCGGCAUCGCUGUCCAUCCCCAGGAUAGCAGGUAUCAGGAGCUGAUCGGGAAGCACGCCAAGCAUCCGUUUCUGGAUCGCCUCCUUCCCAUCGUGGCGGACGAGAGCGUCUCGAUGGACUUUGGCACUGGGGCCGUCAAAGUCACCCCGGCUCAUGACUUCAACGACUUUGCCGUGGGCCAGAGACACGGCCUGGACAUCGUCAGCAUCUUCAAUGAUGAUGGAACUUUGAAUGAUAACGCGGGCAGCUUUUCCGGCAUGAAGCGCUUCGAUGCUCGGCCCGCAGUCAUUGAGCAGCUCAAAGCCGAAGGGCUGUACGUCAAAUGGGUAAGCAACCCGAUGAGUGUGCCACUCUGUGAUAGAUCCAAGGACUUCAUCGAGCGUCGAUUGAAACCACAGUGGUGGAUGAAGACGAAAGAAAUGGCGAACGCAGCAGCCCAAGCCGUCAAGGACGAGCAAAUCAAAAUUCUGCCAGAGACUGCAGAGAAGAGCUUUAGCCGUUGGAUGGAUGAGUGUCAAGACUGGUGCCUUUCCAGACAGCUAUGGUGGGGCCAUCGGGUUCCAGCUUACUUCGUCGACAUCGAUGGACAGCCUGCCAAUGACGACAACGCUCGAUGGGUCACUGGCCGGACGCAAUCUGAAGCACGAGCCAAAGCGGCCGCCAAGUUUCCAGGCCAGACCUUUUCUCUCCGUCAGGAUCCCGAUGUGUUGGACACUUGGCUUUCUGCAGCACUCUGGCCGUUUGCUUCGCUCGGCUGGCCUAAGGAGACGACGGAUUUGAAGACUUUCUAUCCACAGUCCGUUUUGGAAACCGGAUGGGACAUUCUCUUCUUCUGGGUUGCUCGCAUGGUCAUGUUGGGUCUCAAACUGACUGGCCAGGUUCCCUUCAAGGAGGUGUACUGUCACUCUUUGGUUCGAGAUUCGGAAGGCAGGAAAAUGUCGAAGUCUUUGGGCAAUGUGAUCGACCCAGUCGACGUCAUGGAUGGUAUUGAGCUCGAGCAGCUCCAUGCUAAGCUGCUCACGGGGAACCUGGAUCCCAAAGAGCUUGCCACUGCCACCAAAUACCAAAAGACGUCAUUUCCUCAAGGCAUUCCUGACUGCGGCGCCGAUGCGCUUCGCUUUAAUUUGCUGUCAUACAUGACGGGAGGCGGAGACAUCAACUUCGACGUCAAACUCAUCCACGCCAACCGCCGCUUCUGCAACAAAAUCUUCCAAGCCACCAAAUACGUCCUCGGCAAACUCGGCCCCGACUUCACCCCCAGCCCUAGCCCCACCGCCGCCGCCGCAAACCUCUCCCUCGCCGACCGCUGGAUCCUCCACAAACUCACCACCGCCUCCCGCGCCGCCAACGCCGCCCUCGCCGCCCGCGACUUCGCCAGCCUCACCGCCACCCUCUACCAGUUCUGGGACACGGACCUCUGCCGCGUCUACAUCGAGAAGACCAAACGCGUCUUCCUCCGCGGCACGGACGAAGAGGCGCUGGCGGCGAAAAACACACUGUACGACGUGCUCGACGCCGGCCUGCGGCUCGUGCACCCGGUCCUGCCGUUCCUGUCCGAGGAGAUGUGGCAGCGGCUGCCGCGGCGCCCAGGCGACGUGACGCCGUCGGUGAUGGUGGCGAGGUAUCCGGUGUAUGAUUCGGGUCUGGAUGACCCGGCAGCGGCGGAGGCGUACGAGCUGUUGCUGUCUGUGGCGAAGGUGGUGCGGUCGUUGCUGGAUCAGUAUGCGGUGAAGCAGGAUGGCGUGGUGUAUCUGCAGCUGUUUGAUGGGGCGGCGGCGGAUGUGUGUAGGGAGCAGUUUUACACCAUCCGCUCGCUGGUGGGGAGGAAGGUGACGUCGUUGACGCUGCUUGGGGCGGAUGAUGAUGGUCCUGCGGGGUGCAUUCCGAACCCGGUUUCGCGGACGGCUACGGCGUUCUUGCAGCUCAGGGGCCAGGUGGAUGUUGAUGCUGAGGUUGAGAAGGCGACCAAGAAGCUUGGAAAGGCCAAGGAGGCGUUGAGGAAGCAGCAGACUGUUAUGCAAAGUGAGAAAUAUAAGACGAAGGCUAGCGAUAGGGUAAGGGAGAUAGAGGAGCAGAAGCUGGAAAAUGCGCAAUCGGAGGUGGAAGAGUUCUCGAGGACUUUGAGUUUGUUUCAGGGGUUAAAUUUAGAGUUGUAA